GUAGUCCGCAGCUGACAAGAAAAGCGCUCAAGAAAAUAAGCUGCUUUUUACCAAAGAAAUUUUGACAGUUGUUCCAAAGCCUUUCGCCAUCUACCCUCAAAUUUGGUAACUACCAAUGUCAAAGCUACGAGCAAGUCUAAGGCGCCAAAAGGAAGAAAAAAAAGUUUGUUUUGUUUUUUCAAGUCAGCGUCGUUUUUUUUUGGAAUCUUCCCGACGGAUAACAUGUCGUUGCUACGCAAUUUUCGUUUCAUUAUCAACUUGGUUAUUGCUGCCUCGAGCGUCGUUCUUUUGAAAAAAAGAAACCAGCGAAAACGAAAGAGGGCAGCGCAUUGGGUUCACCCGUAUCUCGCUGAAAGGAAGAGUAAAGGCAGAUAUGCUACCGACUUUGACGAUAUGGUAAGCGGAGAGAAGUUCUUUAAAGAAAAUUUCCAUAUGUCGAAAAACAGUUUCGAUCAACUUUUCAAAUUGGUUGAAAAAGACUUAGCACCAAAGAGAAACACGAGACCGAAAGAUGGAAUUCCUCCAAAGCUCAAGUUGGGUUUGGUGAUAGAGUAUCUGGCAUCUGGUGGUCUACAGAGGCAUUUGGCGUCGUGCUACAGAGUUAGCAAACAGCACAUGGGGUCAAUCAUUGAUCAAGUUUGUGAUGCUAUUUGUCGUGCCCUGAGUGCUUAUGUCGCAGAUCCAUGCCAAGAAUCAUUUUUGGAUGUAGCCAAUGGUUUUAAUUCCCGUUGGAAUUUCCCAAACUGUAUUGGUGCCAUCGAUGGAAAACAUGUGUCCAUAAAAGCUCCCCCAAAUGCUGGCAGCAUUUUUUAUAACUACAAAGGUUUUCAUUCGUUGGCGCUAAUGGCUAUUUGCGAUGCUUCUUAUCGAUUCACCUACCUGGAUGUAGGUGCUUAUGGAAGCGAAGGAGACUGCAAUAUUUUCAAAGAAUCCAAAUUCGGAACUGAUGUGCUGCACGAUCGACUUGAUUUUCCAGAAAACGCCACGGUCAAUGGUGUUAAAUUACCAUUCUUCUAUGUAGCCGACGAUGCCUUUCCUUUAUGUAAAAGGAUCAUCAAACCGUAUAGUAAGAAAAACCUAUCAGCAGAGGAGCGCAUUUUUAAUUAUCGCUUAAGUAGAGCAAGGCGUUGUAUUGAAAACGCAUUUGGACUCUUGUGCUCAAAAUGGGCAUGUCUGAAAAAGACUUUAUACUGCAGUCCCGAUCGUGCACAGAAAAUCAUUUCUGCAUGCUGAUGCUGCAUGCUGCAUAACUUUUUGAUUACGCAUAAGUCUACUGCCUAUUGCCCUCCAGGAUACAUGGACAAGUUUGAUGACGAAAACGUUAUUACAGAAGGAGAAUGGCGCAAGAGAAUUUCAUCGGACUCAUUAUACCAUACGACAUUUUCGGCGAGUGCAGGCAGGCCUUCGGACUACGGCAAAUAUAUUAGAAACGUGCUGAAACAGUACGUAAAUUCAAACAUCGGCCUGGAAGUGGCUCUCCCCCUUCGCUACCGGAUUUCUUCUGGACAAUUUUCUUCCUGUACCGAUGGCUCUCGCGAAGUGAGAUCCACGCCGUUUUGCACAUGUCGCCUGUUAAAAAUAAUGGAUAUCAGUUACUAUUUAUCUUCAAACCCUGGUGAUUGCCUUCAUGGGCAAAGACAGGGGCCGAACCCCCAUGACGGACAGAAAAAUAAAUCAGAAUCCACUAGUUUGCUACGAUAGAGUUAAGGGUUCAUUAAUAAUUAACAUAACGCCGAAAUGGUCACGCCCUUCAGCGUUAUGAAAUUUGUGAAUGAGCCCUUUUUUUUCUCUGUUCGGAUGCGCCACUUCCUUUUACAUUUCAAAUUUAUUUAGAUAAUGUCUCACAACAUUCCAAAGUAUUUACCAACAACUGAGAUAUAUCCUUAGAGUUCUCUAUAAUGCUUGAUUUAUUCUCGUUAACCUUCUAUAUUGAAGUUAUUUUCAGACAUUCUCUCAAAAUUGUUAAGUAUCAACACUUGAAAAAUAAACUUGCAAUUUCAAAUGUCAUCUUAAAGUUAUUUGUAUUUUUCAGUUUGUAGUCUUAAAAAUAAUCUUGCAAAUUCAAUAAUAAUCUUUGAGCUCUUUGUAAUUCUCUAUUAGUAAAGCAAUAAGGUUCCUAGUACCGACCCAUUUUGACGAAUACCGGUUGACGAACACCGGUUCAACGGUUCUACUGUAACUCUUUUGUUUGCAAUAAAUAUGAAACAUAUGCUUCAAUAA